AUUAAUCAUGAAUACCUAUCCCAUAAGAAUAAUUAUUCUUGAUUCCUACAUGUCUACACCAACACAAGGAUUAGAUGUGAUGUACUCAGAAUUUAGAGGGUCUGCUAUUAAUCAAGUUCCAAUUAUAAGAUUAUUUGGUUCCACUGAAACUGGUGAAAAAAUUUGUCUUCAUAUUCAUGGCGUUUUUCCUUAUCUGUACAUACCUUAUGAUGGAACUGAAGAUGUUAACAGUUUAAUGUAUAAAAUGGCAAUAACCAUUGAUAAAGCUAUAAAUAUUUCUCUAAAUCAGGGUUCUUCGAAUGCACAGCAUAUUUAUAAAAUAUCCCUUGUAUCAGGAAUACCAAUGUAUGGAUAUCACAAUAAAAAGCACCAGUUUUUUAAAAUUCACCUUUACAAUCCAUUAUUAAUUAGAAGAGUAAGUGAUCUUUUAAUGAAUGAAACAACAUUGGGUAAAAUUUACCAACCUCAUGAAACACAUCUACCAUUUGUGUUACAGUUUAUGAUUGAUUAUAAUCUUCAUGGUAUGAGUAACUUGUUAUUAUCUGAAAUGAAAUAUAGGACAGAUCCAAAUAUGAUGAGUUCUAAUAUAAGUUCUGAACUAAUGUUACCAGCAACAGUAAAAAAAAUGUCAGUUUGUGAGAUUGAAGCUGAUGCAUUAGCUGAACACAUAUUAAAUCGAUUGGAGGUGGCUUCGGGGAACAUAGGAGUAAACCCUGGAAUAGCAGCCUUGUGGGCAGAUGAAAUGCAAAGACGCAGGAACAAAGGAGAAACAUCCCAAAUAGAACAUUUGUUGGAAUUGAAAAAUACUAACUUGGAACCAACAAAGUCUCAUAUAGUAUUUAAACAAGCUUUACUAGAAAGAUUAGCCAUUAUCUCUACAGAUAAGAAUGUAACUAAUCAAAAUUUAAGUAUGUCUGUAUAUCCUGUCGAAACUCCUGAAAAUUUGGAUAUAAAAAAUGCGUCAAUGAUAGAUUCACAGACUCCAUCAGAUUUAGAAUUAAGUUUAAAUGAAACGUUAAUUUCUCCAGAUGUAAAUGAUACUAGUAUAUCUGGCGAGCUAGAUGUAACUAUGGAUGAAGAGGCACAAGCUUUACUAAAUAUUUUGCAAAACCUAGAGGCUAAAGCUAAAGAAGACAUGGAAGAAGACAGUAUUUUAUCACAGGUUGUUAAAGAAAGUUAUGAAGAUAAGGAAUUUGAUUUAAGUAUGCCAUUGGAAUCUGUCACGACUCCAAGAAAAAUUAUUCUAGAAAAAGAAGACAGUGAUGAUGAUUUGUGUAAUACUACUUUAAUUCCACAGCUAGAUGGAGAAUGUGAUAAUGAAAUUGAGGUAAAAUUAGAGAAUUACGACGAACUGUUUGUUUUUAAUAAUGUAUGUGAUAGAAGAAUAACAAGAUCCUUCAAAAAGUCCCUUGACGAUGAAUCCAAAUAUAUCAAAAAGGAACAAAAACUAGUAAAAAAGGCUCUUUACGUUCAAUUAAUAAGAAUAGAUGCUGUUAAGAAAGGCAGGAAUAUGCCCCUUUUAUCUGACCAUUUUGACUUUGAGUCAAAUGCAGAUUUUCCCUUCACAACCAUUAAUAAUCAUGUCAAACUUGAGUAUGCUAAUGAAGUCAAACGCGAAGAUGCUUACCAAGUCAAAGUUGAGAAUGUUGAAGAAGAUAAUACUCCUGCUGAAGAUAUUGCCGAAGAAAGUAAAUCUGACGUGGUAAAAGAAAUAUUAAAAAUGCGGCAGAAAAGAAAGUAUGUACGAAAAUGGAAAACAAAAACAACAAAGAAGACGCUAGCUCAGAUAAAGAGCUGGGAAUAUCAAAUUAAAAGAGCUAGAGUAAGGUAUCAACUUGUCAGGAUGAUGAAAAAGAUUCAUGACAAAGAACAUAAAAUUUGUAUAAUGUUAUCAGAAAAUUGGAACCCCAUAUUUAGAGUUAUUCCUGGGAACAACUAUCGAAAAUCUAUAUCACAAAGCACAAUGGGGGCAAGUGAAGAUACCAAAAUUAAUAUUAUUUCUGACAUUAUGUUGAAAACAAAAAACUAUAUUGACCCAAAUUUACACUUAACUCUUCAGUAUCCCACAAAGGAAACAUUUCUGUAUGUUUAUAAUAAAAAUGUAUAUCCAGAAGUAACCGAGGUUACAGAGAAAUUCGCUAGAAUUGAAAAUGAAGAGAUCCUCAAAAAGUUUAUAAAAAUCGAAUUUAGUAAAAUAACAGAUGAUAAUAAUAAUAAUAAAACCGAUUUUAAACAGGAAAUAAAGAAAGAGUUAGACCUGGAAGAGACUACUCAGAUAAAUAAAGAUGGUACAAACGGAGUCAAUAAUUCAGUAGAAAUUUUGGGAAAUAAUGAUGAUGCAUUUUCAAAUAAUUUAUAUGUUUUAUUAAAAAAUAGUAAUAAUUAUAUGGAAGAUAACAUUUCUACAGAAAACAAUACAGUGAGAAAUUGCCAAAAUCUUGUAAUUAAAGAUAUAACGCCUCAAGUUGAUAAACAGCUGAAUCAAAUAUAUUUCUCACGAGAAAUAAUAGAUGCUGAUAAUGACAAACAUUUUUACAUAUUUUCUUCCAAAUACUUAACGAGUGUUGAUGAUGAAAAUUUAAUUAACGAAAUUAAAAGUCAGUCACUGAUUCAGAUAGUAGAAACUAUAAAAUUGAUCAAAAAGGAAUUGGACAAACACAUUUCACAACUUAAACAACCCAUUUAUAACAAAUACAAUACAUCAACAAAAGAUGGUUGUGACAAGUUUAAGGAAGGAAGUAGCAUAAAUAAUUCAGGUAGUAAACAAGCAGAAGAUAUUAAAGAUACCCAUGUGAAACCUGAAAAAGAAUUAAAAAAUAAAAAACUCAAAAAGAUAUAUGUACAUAGAAAUUCAAAUGAAAAUAAAUCAAACCCAGAAUGUGAAGAAAAUAUUGUCAAAAAUUUAUGCAAAUCGCUUUAUAUUAGUAGCGACAUCAAUAGAAAUUUUAAGAAAAAAAAUGUGAAUACUAACUCAAAGUUGAAAAAGUGUGUUUUUUUGGAUGGAACAGUAGACUCCAGUUCUUCUUCCGAAGACGAAAUUGGUACACUGAAACACAAGAAACCUUUAAUAAAAAAGGAAUCUACAUCAAAUUUAUUUCGGUAUUCCGCUUUACCCAUCACAUUUUGCAGCUCCCCAGGUCCGAAGAGUCAGGAUUAUCCUUCUGACAAACAUCUGGUAUCACAAAACACAAAAAAAAACUGCGAAACGGCAGAGACUUCAAUAAACAAAGGUAACACUCAACCAACAGUCUGUGAUAACGCUAAACGUAGGUUAAAUUUUGCUAACACUUCCUUACAAACAACAUUCAUUGAAGAAAAAUUAGUAUGCAGCUAUUCUCCUUUCAAAAAACAGCAAAGUUUAACGUGGGAAUUAAAACUUGACAAAACCUUGAAGUCUCAUCAUCUUGAGGUUCCAGAGGAAACUUCUAAAUGCAUCGAUAAAGAUCUCAUUAGCAGUGAAAAUGAUAACGAAAGUAAAUCAAACAUUAUAUCUAUCAUUAAAAAUGCAGAUGAGGAUAUAAAUAUUAAAAAUACAUUUGCACAUAGUGAAAAUUCUAAUAACUCUGGAAACGAAUCAAGCACCACUUUAGUCGACAAGGAGUGUAUUUCUAAUUCUAGCCAUAGCGAAGUUUUUUCAGACUGUGAUAGUGACGAAGAAGGAGAUAGAUCGUUCUUCAGGUCCCCUCAAAUUGCCAAUAAACUAAAUUUGUUGUUAACCACUGCAGAAAAAUAUGACAAAGAUACUAAUUACAAUGCAAGAGAAGGGACUUCUAAAGUAUUGACUCCUCAUUCAAAUAUUAGCAGCCAAAAAAGUUCAGAAGAAAUUACUCAUUCUUCUGGUAGUUCAAGUUUUGGAUUAUUGACACCUUAUCAACACAUAGCUGAAGAAGUUUGCCAUUUAGAUACAAUACUUGAAGAUGAUUCUAGUAAAAAAAAUGUUUGUAAGAAUAAUGAAAAUGAAUUGUUGGACAGUGAUCGUUUAAUAUCAGCGGUAGAUGUUAAUAAACGUGAUAAUUCUUCCAUAAUUUUAAAUCCCAUUAAAAAGGCACCUACAAGAGAUGAAAUCAGUAAAUCUUUAGAUAAAUAUAAAAUUCCUUUCGUUAAAGAAAAUGUACCUUUCUGUAGCAACACUGAUGAUGUUACGGGAAGUGUAGAAGUUGGUUAUAAUGUCUUAAAAAUUAUCAGUAAGACAAGUGCACAUAUGCCAGAAUUUGAAUCACAGAUGGAUGGUAUCAAUAAUUUUAGAAAACUUACGAUGAAUAGUAUGUCUUCUACCCUAGAAUGGAAGAAAUCAAACAUAAAUAAUUUAGCAUUAAGUUUUUGCAAGGACAGGCAUUGUAUUAUAGAACCACUUAAAAGACCGCCGUCAUUAACAACAGUAAAGAACUGGAUUCGCGAGAAAUCAAAAAAAGUUGUUACUCCAGAAAAGAAAACUGAGAAAAUUAAAGUUUUUAUUCCGUUAAGUCCUGGAAAUAAUGGCGACGAUGAUGACAUUAACAUGUCUUUAACAAUUUCUCCUUGCACUCCUGUUAAUUCUCAAAGUAUUAAUAGUCAAACUGUAAUAUCUAGUCAAACUCCAAAAUCUUCUAAAACAUCAAGUGACUCAUGUCAAACCCUAGAUGUUCAAAAUAGAAAAAGAAAGAGAGAAACCAAACAAAAAUUAUCUCAAUCAUUGAGUUUAAGGAAAUCCUUGUUAGUUUCUCAAGAUAAAUCAAAUUCAAAUAACUCGUGUCAAAUCACGGGUGUUAGUCCAAACAACACAUAUGCUUUCGAUCACUCAACAGAAAAUUUGCAAGCAGCACGAGCUGUGAUUGAACAUCAACUUUUAACAUUACUUGUCAUGGAGCUUCACAUUCGAACAAGAGGUGAAUAUAAACCUAAUCCAGAAUAUGACUCAAUACGUGCAAUAUUUUACACAGUUUUAAAUGAUGUGCCUGCAAACCAUCCUAAAGCUCCAAAAUGUAAAGGUGUUAUUGCAAUAAAUUCUGUACCUCUUAGUCCAAGUGGUCUCAAAAUACCCAUCUUAGAUGGAGCUAGUGUAAAUUGUAAUGUAACUUAUGUGGACUCGGAAGAAAAUUUACUAAAAGAAUUUUUGAAACUUAUAGAAUAUUGGGAUCCUGAUAUAUUUGCAGGUUACGAAAUUCAAAUGCUUUCUUGGGGAUACCUUAUCGAUAGAGCCAGCAUACUAGGAAUUAAUUUGAAACCUCUGCUCAGUAGAAUUAAAGAAGAUAAGAAGUAUAAAGAUGAAGGAGGCCAAAGUGAGUUGCAGAUAACUGGAAGAAUAGUACUGGAUGUCUGGCGAUUGAUGAGACAUGAAAUAGCUUUACAGAGUUACACAUUUGAGUCUGUUAUUUACCAUAUCUUGCAUAAAAGGGUUCCCCAGUACUCUUUUAAGGAUUUAUCCUUUUGGUGGGAUCAUAGGACCACACUGUAUAGGCAUCGUACAGUACAUUAUUAUUUAUUUAGAGUAGAAAUGGUACUGGAAUUGUUUAAUAAAUUAGAUAUAAUUGGACGUACAAGUGAAUUGGCAAGACUGUUUGGAAUACAGUUUUAUGAAGUAUUAUCUAGAGGGUCCCAAUUCAGAGUUGAAUCCAUGAUGUUGCGUUUAGCCAAACCUUUAAAUUUUAUACCAGUCUCUCCCUCCGUUCAACAGAGAGCGUUUAUGAAAGCACCCGAGUAUAUUCCACUUAUACUGGAACCAGAAUCUAAACUAUAUAAUGAUCCCGUUAUAGUAUUAGACUUCCAAAGUUUAUAUCCUUCAAUAAUCAUAGCUUACAAUUACUGUUUCACAACUUGCUUAGGCAAAGUGGAAUGUCUAGGAAAAAAUACUUCCUUUCAGUAUGGAGCAACUCAGUUAAAGGUGUCAAGAAAGCUUUUAGGAAAAUUACUCAAAAGGGAUCUUUUAAACUUUUCCCCGUGUGGUGUGGGUUUUGUUAAAAAGGAAGUACGAGAUGGAAUUCUUCCCAGAAUGCUGAGAGAGAUUCUUGAUACUCGUUUAAUGGUUAAAAAUUCAAUGAAGGAAAAUAAGGAAGAUCAAUUAUUACAAAGGGUUCUUCACAAUCGUCAGUUGGGUCUCAAAUUAAUAGCUAAUGUUACAUAUGGUUAUACCGCAGCAAAUUUCAGUGGAAGAAUGCCGUCAGUAGAAGUCGGAGACAGUGUUGUAAGCAAAGGAAGAGAGACCCUUCAGCGAGCAAUAGAAAUGGUUGAUGGGACUCCUGAGUGGGGUGCCAGAGUUGUGUAUGGGGAUACUGACUCAUUAUUUGUAUUGGUGCCUGGGAAAAGUAGACAGCAUGCUUUCGAGGUUGGUAAAAAGAUUGCACAGGCUGUUACGAAAGCUAAUCCUGACCCAAUAAAGCUCAAAUUAGAAAAAGUGUACCAACCAUGUAUCUUGCAAACAAAAAAACGAUACGUCGGAUAUAUGUAUGAAAGCCCUGAACAAAAAGAUCCUGUAUAUGAUGCAAAAGGUAUUGAAACUGUUAGAAGAGAUGGAUGUCCAGCUGUUAGUAAGAUGUUGGAAAAAUGUCUGAAAUUGCUCUUCGAAACUAAAGAUAUCAGUUUAGUCAAAAAAUAUGUGUUACGUCAAUUUAACAAAAUAGUCGCUGGUCGAGCAAGUAUACAGGACUUAACAUUUGCCAAAGAGUAUAGGGGAGCUUCAGGAUAUCGUCCAGGUGCUUGCGUGCCUUCUUUGGAAUUAGCAAGAAAAUGGACAGCAGUGGACAAACGAAAUGAACCAAGAAGGGGCGAACGUGUACCAUAUAUUAUAGUAAACGGGCCACCAGGUUUGCCACUUAUCCGAUUAGUCAGAAGUCCUAGAGAUUUACUUAACGAUCCAUCUCUGAGACCUAAUGCCCUUUAUUACAUUACUAAGGUUAUCAUUCCUCCCAUUAACAGAUGUUUUAAUUUAAUCGGUGCUGAUCUCAAUGUAUGGUUUAACCAAAUGCCCCGAAAGCAGAUUCAGUCUAUUCCAAAUUCUGUCUCACCGGGAAAAAAGAGUACCAUUUCGCAAUAUUUUUCAACCAUUAGUUGCGUUGUCUGUGGAGAACAAACUCAAACCGGUAUCUGUGAUAUAUGUCUUAACAAACCACAAAUCACCACUAUUACGUUAGUGGAAAAACUGAGAAAUUGGGAAAGAGAUAAUUACAAUUGCAACCUGAUAUGCCAUUCUUGCACAGGGGCACAAACUGAAAUUAAAUGUGUUUCUCUUGAUUGUCCUGUUUUAUAUAGAAGAGUUCAAACGGGUCGUGAUGUGCAACAAGUUCCCUGUGUACGUGAAUUAAUGUGUUCGAAUGAACUUUUAUUUUAAAAUUUAAAUUCUUAGUUUAUUUGUAUUAGAUUUUAAUAGCACAAUUAUGUUUUUACAUUAAGUAUAUAAAAGUGAUUUAGACAAGAUGAGAUUUUGAUAUUACGUAAUUUUAAUUAAUUGUCAUGUUUUUAAAAAUUGUCUCAUUCUUUAUAUAUUUUGUGGGUAAAGGAAUUAAAGAUUGUGAUGUCAAAAUUAAAAUAUUGGUAUCUUACCUAUGGAUGCUUUUUUGAUACAAAAUUUUUAUGUGAUUUUAAAAUUUUAUUUUUUUUAGAGAAAAAAUAUAUUAAGUUCUUAACAGAUGCUGUGUGAAGUUAUUGGAGUAUUGUUUGUAUUUUUACUAAAAU